AUGGAGGGCAUCGGUUUCUCUGGCGGCUUCCAGCUGCCCAUGCAGCGACGUCUGAGCCGUCUGUAUAACGAUACUAAAAAGUCUUCCAACUUCGUCAAGGAGCCCAUCCAGCAUGCCGAGGACCCGGAAGUCAAGUCGCUGCAUCGCAAGCUGCGAAUUCAAAAAGAUCGCUUCACGAGCUGGGGUCUGGAAUGGUCAGAUCCGAACCAAUCCGCCGAGAUCGACACCUCACUUUCAAAGGCUGGCGUGAGUGAGAUUGUGGGUAGCAUCUUGUCAACCAUCAAGGACUGCUUGGUAGAGCUGGAUGCUCUGUGGAAGGCCUAUGAGAAGCAGAACGGCAGCCGCUCAGAAAAGAGCGACCUGAAGACCCCUUUCGUCGUAUGGGAUAAGGCCCGCUUUGCCGACUACAUCGCAGACCUCACGCAGUCUAUCGACACUCUUUACGACCUUUCCAGGACACGUGCCUCGCCUGCCAUGACCUCCGGCUCCCGAUCACGGCUCCAACGGCCGCUGGCCGGUGUCGACGAGAACAAGGCCUUCGAGUCUACGCGCAUGCAGACACCCCAGCAGAUCGAUCCGUCCACUCUCACCGAUAUUCGUUCCCAGCAGGCAGAGCCCUUGACCGGAUCUGGAGACAACAAGCCCCCGCGCGACAUUGUUUUCAUGAGCAAGCAAGCCUGGACAGAUCUGGCUCAGCACAUCGGUCGCCAGCCCUUUGCGCCCCUACUAUUGGAGUUUGCGACCUUUGAUUCCAUCUACUCAAUAACCGGCAUCAUGCCGCCAAUGUCACGAUUCGAGAAGCUGUCAUCGGGGCUGCAGCAGGACUCGAGGAGAGCACCUGGGGCAUGGAUCGGCCUUCCCAGGCUGCUGGGUUACUUUGAGGAUCUGGAACACUCACGGCUUGGACUUGUUUAUCAGUUCCCGCCAAGCUUUAACGCCGUCUCGUUCGAGAACUUUACACAGAAUCCCAUCUACAACAUCUGCACGCUAGGAGACCUGCUCUCGCGGCCUGAUUACGAGCCGGCACUCGAGGCAAAGUUUCGUCUCGCUCACAACCUUUGCAACACAGUCUUUGACCUGCACGCUCGAGGUAUUACUCACGGCAGCCUCAUCGACAAGAACAUCUCCUUCUGCAACACGGCCACUCCGGACUUGACGACAGGCGUUAGCGAGGUUGACGUACGCCGGCCAAUGAUCUCCUCAUUCGACCUGUUCCCAGAUGCUCCUUCAGAUCAGGAGCCUCCAUCUCCAUCUACUCCGCUAUUCCGCCACCCCUUGGAUCCCCGGACCACCCCGUCAUCGCCAAUCACGGACAAGACCGACUCCCGCAUUCUGGACCUCUACUCGCUUGCCAUGAUUCUGUUGUCUGUGGGACUGUGGACCAAGCUCGAGAACCUCGUCUCGGAUCCCUCUCAGCCGAUCUCUGAAGCUGUCAUAGAUCAGUUGUCGAUUCGCUGCGGAACCCAUUACAUGAAAGCUGUCAAGGCUUGCUGGAGUGCAGUUGAUCAAGGCCUUCAAGGAAAGGUCGCUGGCGAAGAGCUGUUGUCGAAUGUCCAGGUCAAGGCCAGCCGUUAUCUUGAGGCGUGUUGUAUUCUUGACGGCCUCAGUGCGCUCGACGAACGCCUCAGCUUAGAUCUGGGAGAAAGAACGGUGUCCCCUGUCGAGGAAUCUCCUAAAGAAAGCAUCUCCGGUCCUUCCAGGGACACUAAGACUGCUUCCCAAGCGCCCCCUGACACCCGCCGCCGGACAUACGACAUUAAGACGCCGAUCCCGGACCCGACCCCUUCGCGCUCGUACCCAUCAGCCGAGGAGGAGAAGAGACAGCUUGCGAAGAAGGAUGCCGAGGAGGCUGCGGCGACACCGACGGAACAGCCUGUCGACCCGAAGCCCGCCAAGUCGCCAUCACCGAAAACCCGCCUCUACCCUCAAAUCCCCCUUCCGGCUGACGCUAUCGAAAAGUGGAACUCGACGGUGAUGCCCCAGGUCAACCAAGCGUUACGGCACUUCUACCGAAAGCACAGCCUGGAGUCGGUUGAAAUUUCCCUCGAGUCCAUUGGCAGCUCCCCUAAGGAGACGCAGCCUACGGUUUUGGUCGUGUGCACGUCAGUAAGCAAGGUUAAGUCCAUUCUCACCCGCAAGCUCGGCCAGCUGUUUGAUGGAACGUCCGGAUUUGGCUUGAAGGUGUGCAAGGGCCAGGUGCUGAGGUCCCGGAAAGACUCUGGAGAGGAGAAGGUCAAGCGAAGCGCGGCAGACGACGAGGACGACGACGAAGUGGAGGCCGCCAACACGGAAUAUCAAGUCUGCCCAAGCAACGGUGCGAGUAUUGGUGCUUGGAUUGGUGACCGCCACCUUCCCCCAGUCAGCUUGGGUGGUCUCGUGGUAGUUGACGAUAAGCCGUACGGCAUGACAGUGCAUCACAUGCUGGACGACCAGGUGGAGAUUGCAAAGAACGCAAGGGAACUGGAGCCGACAUACCGAAGCAUGGCCAAACCGACUGACGACGUCAAAGUCAACUGGUAUACGGAGUCUUCGGCCGAGAGCAGUGGCGGGGAGGACUUUGCGUGCGAAUUUUCCGACUCCGACUCGGAAGCGUACUCGGAAACAGAUAUCACCAGUGAGGGCUCAGACGAGGAUGAGAGCGAUGGGGAAUUCGACCAGCCCGGUGACAUCCCUGGGGUGGAGCCGGACUGUGGCGAUGGGUACAUCAUCACGCAGCCCGCCAGGGACGACGUUGAAGAGAACUUCUUCGCUUCGGAUGAGACAGCGGACGAGGAGCACCUGGAGACCUUCACCGUGGGCGUGAUGUACGCGUCCAGCGGUCUCAGGCGCAGAGAACAGAACGGGCUCAUCCACGAAAUCGACUGGGCCUUGUUCGAGUUCGCCGACGAGAGGCAACCCGACGAGAAUGCGAUACCCAGGAUCAGAACCCAGCCUUCGUCGCUGCUCACCGGCAAACGACCCUCUCACGAAGCAUCCGACAUUCACCCGACGACCGUCGUGCCCACCUCAUCGCUACCCGGCACGGAGGUCAUUUGCAUGGCGCGCACGAGUGGCCUCCAAACAGGGCUUAUUCUCCCGGCACUCACCAGCGUCAAGAUCUCGGGUCGAAUCACACCCAGUCACACGUAUCAAGUUAGCAGCGCCGCGGCGGAAACGCCCGUCGAACUCAGCGGCGGCAACAAGAAGCUGGCCAUGGGCGUUCCCGGUGACAGCGGCGCCUGGGUAGUCGAGCGCGCGCAUGGGAGGGUGUGCGGGCACAUCCUCGCGUGGAGCGGGCGGAAGCGCGUCGCAUACAUUUGCCCGAUGGAGAUCCUCCUCCUCGACAUCGCCGAGACCCUCGAAGCACGCACAGUCGGCCUCCCGGGCGGCGAGGCGAUCGUGGAGAGCCGGGUGGAGAGCAGGGAAGCGGAGGACUACGGCGGCGACACGGAAGAACCCCCAUCGUCGCCUUUUCUGGACCCGCGGGAUGAUGACGAUUACGUGAGCGAGGCGAUGGAAGAAGACGACGACGCGCCCGUCCUCGUGCAGACGCCCGAGGAGGAGGGCGGAGAGCAGACGAAACAAAAACAGCACGGAGGCGAAAAGUACGCCUCGGACGAUAGUAAUGAACUUUCGCGCAGGAUGGAGUCUAUGGGCAUCGGACGGAGUCGUAUGGGCAUUGGCAUGUGCAGCUGA